AUGGCUAGCGAGCCAGCUCGCAAGAAAGCACGACUUGAGUAUCGAUAUACCUUCACGGUGCUCGUUGGCGAUGAAGAAAAGCCGUUUGUGCUGCACGCCACCAUAGCUUCCGCUAAGUCCCCAUUCUUCGACGCCGCCUGCAAUGGCCAAUUCAAGGAGAGUCAGGCGAAAGAACUCCUUUGCCUGAAGCGGAUCCGGAGGUCUUUGGGUCAUUUGUUCAAGGACCAGGAUGCUGAUCACGGCGCCUACACACAGUGGGGUUACGCAAGGCUAUAUACUUUGGCAAGUAUGCUGCUGGACGUCAAGCUUCAGAAUCAGGUUGUGGACGAUUUUAAGGCCUUUCUGCUCGUUCACAACAAGGGACCCACCAUGGCCGCUCUCCACGAGAUCUAUCAAAAUGGUCCAGCAGGGAGUACAUUGCAGCGGUAUGUGAUGGACUGGUACGCGAACCACUGCGCCGAACUGAGCGACUUCUUCCAAAAGCAUCGAGCACAGUUCCCAUCGGCUUUUCUGGGAGAUGUCCUGAUUCGCGUCUCGAAGGCCAAACACGAGAAAGUGCCAAACCCGAAUGAUCUUGCCCCUUGCCACUACCACGAGCACAACGAUGAGGUGCCGAAAUGCCCUGCUUGA